AUGAAUAUUCUCCUAGUAACUGCCCUUCUCGGUACCGUCGCCAUCUCCCAAGUUUCAGUUUCCGCAUGGGGAUGUGAGAGAGGCUGGGUGCCAUUUUGUAAUCACUGCUACUUCUUCAGUUCCGAUAAACAGUCCUGGUACCAAGCCGCAUUUACAUGCGCAUCUCGGGGAGGAACUCUGGUCGCCAUCAACAGCAUAUCUGAGUUGAAAUGGGUCAAGUACCGCGCAAAGUCAUUAUGCCGUGGGGACUUCUGGCUGGGCGGUAAUGACAUACGUACUGAGCGUCGCUGGGUGUGGAAUCCGUACAACAUUCUAGUGAACAGAGACUGUGUUGACUGGGACAGGGGCCAGCCAGAUAAUUAUCACGGCAAUCAGGACUGUAUGCUGCUCUGGGCCAGAGCCGAUUUUAGAUGGGAUGAUCAGAGCUGUGCCAGCGCAAAGAACUAUAUCUGUGAAAAAUUUAUGGGAUCAAGCAACAUAUGUACCUGCAGGGUUUAAAUCUUACCGUCGAAACAGACCCUAAGGAGAGUAAACAUUACCAUGUUAUGAAUUAAAUUAAAGACUGCUU